AUGUCUCGGCUUGUAAACCGGUCAUCUGUCAACGUGUUGAGAAUGCACCAGUCAUCUGUUGAUGAGAAUGUUGCAAUGUUCUUACAAUAUGGUUUAUCAGAAGAAUCAGAACCCACGAUUAAUGAUAAUGUUAUUGCUCGGGAGAUUCAACAACAAUACCAAAACAAUAUUAUUUUGGACGAUGCUGCUAUUGCAUUGGUGAUUCAGCGAGAAGAAGGAAAUCUACCGACCUCUCUAAGCGAUGAUGAAAAACUAGCUAGAUAUUUGCAACAACAAGAUGAACAAAUAUUUUCUCAUGACUUUUUUCUAUACUCUACAUUGACGAUUUUAUGUUUCCUUCAAUCUGCAGGGAAUCAUUCAUACAUGCCUGAACGUGAUGUUCCCUCGAUAAGUAGAGAUUUUUUUCACUAUGAAGAUGGUGAUUACUUCUCGGGUCAUCAUACACAUACUCGUACCUCUUCAAAUAUCUCAUCAGUUACUUCCCCAAAUUAUCCUGCUAAUGAGAACAUUGAUCCCGCAAAUAUGACUUAUGAGGAAUUAAAUCAGUUAGGAGAGUCCAUCGGAGAUGUUGGUAGAGGUUUAUCACAAGGGCGGAUCUCCAAAUUACCGACUCAUAAGUACGGUACUAAAACCAAAACUCGGUGGUGGCAAAUUAAGAAAAAGAAGUUUAUCGCAACUGCUACUGAGUGUUCGAUAUGCCUCGUCGAGUAUGAGAAUGGUGAUAAGAUAACAACAUUGCCAUGUAAACAUAUCUACCACAAGGAUUGUAUUUCACAAUGGUUGGAACAGAACAGUGUAUGCUGCGUUUGCAAAGCCGAGGUUUAA